AUGGUGUUCGCAACGUCAACACUCGCCGCCUUCACUAAUGCUAUUUCGUCUGUUGGUUACGUGCAAGCUCACGGCUACAUGGAGAACCCCAAAGCAGAAUUUUUGAAAGGCACAAAGCAUAAAUCUGAGUGGGUCGUAGAAAUACCGCCACAAUUGAAGGGCGACUGGGACAAAGCUAAGGGUGACGAGGGUCUGGUGGAUCUUUACAAGAAGUUGAAGAAGUCCAAUAACAUUAAGGAUAUUCGUACGCUGAUCGACAGUGAUCCCAAACUCUACGGUAAACCCUGUGGUAAAACUGAUCCCAAGGCAAAACCGAAGACUCCUCUUUUAACUGGCGAUGCAUCGUUCUCCCGUUGA